GACAAGGAAUGCACAAUGCUGAUUAGUCGACAGCUUCGACCAUUGCUGCUGGAUCUGCUGGAGAGGAAUGCUCUUUCGAUUAAAUCAGGCACCCAGAUUAAUCAUGACCUACACGAAAGACUGUGUGUGGCCAUGAGCAGAUUGGUCAGCAGCCAUCCAGAUGUCCUUCCAUUUGCUCUGAGGUAUUUUAAGACUGCCUCACCAGUGUUCCAAAGACUCUUCUUGGAGAGUUGUGACUCAAGCACUGUCCGUUAUGGGAGAAGACGAAUGAAACUGAGAGACUUAAUGGAAGCUGCCUACAGAUUUCUUAAGCAGGAUAAGCUUUCAUUUCAAGAGAUGUGGGACUGGAGUGUCUGUGUGCCUCUGCUUAAAAGUCAUGACUUAGCAGUCCGUUGGUACACAGCACUUUGCUUAUCUUUGGUCACUUGUAUGUCUGAUGAUAAUAAACAGACAUUCUUGAAGAAACUCUUCAGUGCAGAUGAGCUAAUUCAUUUUAAACUGCAAAUGGUUGAUGAGCUACUCGCUCAGAAUAUUGAAAAGGGUCUUUUGUUGACCAACCCAGAGAAAGACAUGUGGCACAGGGAGAAAAGUCAGCAAUACACACAGGGACAGAUCGUAUCUGUUGAUCUGUGUUCCAGUGUCGUGUCAGUGUGUGGAGUAACAUUACCUAAGAUAGCACCAAAAGAACAAGCUAAGCCCAAGGAUUUUAGAAAUCUAGUAUUGGUGGAAUCGACAUGUAGGAGCCUUCAGAGCCUUGCCCUUGCAGUCUCCUAUCAGAAUGCCGUGCUCUUGGAAGGACCGAUUGGUUGUGGCAAAACUGCUUUAGUGGAGCACUUGGCUACUGUUACUGGCCGACUAAAACCACCCGAUAUUCUGAAAGUACAGCUAGGGGACCAAACAGACAGCAAGAUGUUGCUGGGAAUGUAUCGCUGCACAGAUAUACCAGGAGAGUUCGUAUGGCAGCCUGGGACUUUGACCCAGGCGGUUACCAACGGGCAUUGGAUCGUUCUUGAGGAUAUUGAUUAUGCGCCUUUGGAUGUGAUAUCUGUGUUAAUUCCUGUCUUGGAAAAUGGGCAGUUGCUGAUUCCUGGAAGAGGGGACUGCAUUAAAGUAGCUCCUGGCUUUCAGCUAUUUGCCACCAGAAGAUUGCACAACUCUGGUACUGGUGCUUGGUAUCGACCACAGAACAGCCAUGCCACGUUACUAGACAAAUACUGGACCAAAAUCCAUCUGGAGAACAUGAACAGAGGGGAACUAAAAGAGGUGCUCCAAAAGCUCUAUCCUAAAUUGGACUUGGUAAUUGACCGGUUAUUGGACAUUUACAUUCAGCUCACAGGAGACAAACAUACAGCCGUGUCCUUGGUUGUCUCUGAGGGUACACAAGGUACCGAAGAAGUAAAAGCCGACGACAAAAGACCUAAUCUUGAAGGUCGUGGGUUAUCUCUAAGGGAUUUAUUGAAGUGGUGCAACAGAAUUGUACAUGUCUUCGAUGGGUCUUCUUCAUCUACUUCACUGAACAUAUUCCAUGAGGCCCUCGACUGCUUCACAGCCAUGCUUUCCAAGCCAACUGCUAGCCUUAGAAUGGCAGAAGUCAUUGGAAGCAAACUGAACAUUUCUAAGCAAAAGGCUGAGUUCUACUGUCAGCUAUAUAAACCUGAGGUUGUUGUAAAAGAAUUGCACGUCACUGUUGGAAGGGUAGAAAUUAUUAGAAAGCAAGUGGAGACGGUUCAUAUACACAGGGAAAAGAUCACUUUUGCAGCCACGCGGCCUUCCUCCAUGUUGAUUGAACAACUUGCUGCUUGUGUUAACAAAGGAGAGCCUGUUUUACUUGUGGGAGAAACCGGCACUGGCAAGACGUCCACUGUUCAAUACCUUUCCCACAUUACAGGUCAGCGCCUGCGGAUUGUGAACAUGAACCAGCAGAGUGAUACUGCUGAUCUCUUGGGAGGCUAUAAACCUGUGGAUCACAAGCUGAUUUGGCUUCCUCUGAGAGAGGGUUUCGAGGAGUUGUUUGCACAAACAUUUUCCAGGAAACAGAACACAACGUUUCUGGGUCAUAUUCAGACCUGCUACCGACACAAACGAUGGCUGGACCUGCAUAAACUGAUGCAGCAUGUUCUGAAAUCAGCGAUGACUAAAGUGCAGGCAGAAGACACUGGGCAUCUUCUGAGAGAAAAGUGGGAGGCUUUCUCCCUCCGUCUGAAUCAAGCCCAGCAGCAAAUGAGGAUGACUGAAAAUGCUUUACUCUUUUCUUUUGUGGAGGGAACACUCGCCCAAGCUGUGAAAAAAGGGGAAUGGAUCUUGUUGGAUGAAAUCAACCUGGCUGCAGCAGAAACAUUGGAGUGUUUGUGUGGCUUACUUGAGGGAUCAUCUGGAUCUCUUGUUUUACUUGACAGAGGAGACACAGAGCCUCUAAUCAGACACCCAGAUUUCAGAUUGUUUGCCUGUAUGAACCCGGCUACUGAUGUUGGAAAGAGAAAUCUGCCACCUGGUAUAAGAAACAGGUUUACUGAGCUUUAUGUGGAAGAACUGGAAGAUGAAAAUGACUUACAGAUACUCAUCACGGAUUACCUGAGAUCUAUUAAUGCGAGCAAAAUGACUGUUCAGGGAAUAAUCAGCUUUUACUUGACCAUACGGAAGAAGGCAGUUGCAGGUUUAGUAGACGGCACCGGUCACAGACCUCACUAUAGCCUACGUACCCUGUGCAGAGCUUUGAGAUAUGCCUCAUCAAACCCAUGUAACAACAUCCAGCGUUCCUUGUAUGAGGGAUUUUGCCUUGCCUUCUUAACACAGCUUGACAGAUCUUCUCACUCCAUCGUACAGGCAUUAAUUUGCCGUCACAUCAUGCAAGGAAAUAUUAAAAACAUCCUCAGACAGCCCCUUCCCGAGCCACAGGGUGGAAGGUUUGUCCCGAUAGAAGGUUACUGGAUUCCAGUGGGGGAUAAAGACCCCAUAAUAGAUGAAACAUAUGUGCUCACCUCGUCAGUUAAGCUAAAUCUCAGAGACUUGGUUAGAGUGGUCUCUGCGGGUAACCAUCCAGUGUUGAUUCAAGGAGAGACGUCUGUGGGCAAAACUAGCUUAAUCCGCUGGCUGGCGUGUGCUAGCGGCAAUCAGUGUGUGCGAAUUAACAACCAUGAGCACACAGACAUCCAGGAGUACAUUGGUUGUUAUACUUCUGACACAUCUGGAAAACUUGUCUUUAAAGAAGGGGUUCUUAUUGAUGCGAUGAGGAAAGGUUAUUGGAUCAUUCUAGACGAGUUAAAUUUGGCCCCAACUGAUGUACUUGAGGCUCUGAACAGAUUGCUGGAUGACAACAGAGAGCUUUUCAUCACAGAAACCCAGGAAGUUGUUAAAGCACACCCAAGGUUCAUGCUUUUUGCCACCCAAAAUCCACCAGGCCUUUAUGGUGGAAGAAAGGUGUUGUCCAGGGCAUUUCGGAACCGGUUUAUUGAACUGCAUUAUGAUGAAUUGCCAAGUGCCGAGCUGGAAAUUAUCCUGCACAAGAGAUGCAGCCUUCCCCCAUCGUACUGCAGCAAGUUGGUUGCUGUUAUGCUAGAACUGCAGUCUUAUAGACGAGGAUCAUCUGUGUUUGCAGGAAAGCAUGGCUUUAUAACCUUGCGUGACCUCUUCAGGUGGGCCGAGCGGUACAGGUUAUCAGAACAAACUGAGAAAGAUUACGAUUGGCUUCAGCAUUUAGCAAAUGAUGGCUUCAUGCUCCUGGCAGGCAGAGUAAGAAAACAAGAAGAGGUAGAUGUGAUCCUUAAAGUCCUGAAGAAGUGCUUCAAGAAGGAUGUGGAUCCACAGAGGGUGUUCUCCAAAGAAAGUGUCCAAAAACAACUGGACGCAAUGUCUUUUCAGAGUACUCUAAUGGGUGCCGCAUUUUCUCACGUUGUGUGGACCCAAGGGAUGAGAAGACUAGCCAUUCUGGUGGGACGAGCCUUAGAGUUUGGUGAGCCAAUUCUUCUGGUUGGCGAUACAGGAUGUGGCAAAACCACCAUCUGCCAGAUGUUUGCAGCCUUGGCAAGCCAGAGACUCUUUUCUGUCAACUGCCACCAGCACAUGGAGACUUCUGAUUUCUUGGGUGGGUUGCGUCCCAUCAGACACAGGUCUAAAAAGAAAGAUGAUGGAGAGAAUUCCAAGCUGUUUGAGUGGCAUGAUGGCCCUUUGGUAUUAGCUAUGAGAGAAGAUGGUUUCUUCCUCAUGGAUGAAAUCUCUCUAGCAGAUGAUUCUGUAUUAGAAAGACUUAACAGUGUUCUUGAAGUGGAGAAAACCUUAGUCCUUGCUGAAAAAGGAAGCAAUGAGGACGACAGUGAGGUUGAAAUAUUGACAGCUGGCAAGAAGUUUCGCAUUUUGGCAACCAUGAACCCUGGUGGGGACUUUGGGAAAAAAGAGCUCUCUCCAGCAUUGCGUAACAGAUUCACAGAGAUCUGGUGUCCACAGAGCAAUGACCGCCAAGAUCUUGUUGAAAUCAUCAAACACAACUUGCACCCCGAGAUGUCUUUUGGCCCAUCUGAUUGUAAUGGCGCUGAUAUAGCUGAACUUAUGAUGGACUUCAUUGAGUGGUUGACAAACCAAGACUUUGGACGUCGCUGUAUACUGAGCAUCCGAGAUAUCCUGUCAUGGGUCAAUUUUAUGAAUGUCACGGUGAAAGCUGAUGACUUAGAAGAAAAUGUGACAAACCUUGAUACCAUCACAGCCUUUGUUCACGCUGCGUGUCUAGUGUACAUUGAUGGUUUGGGAUCAGGAACCACCUUUUGCUAUGCUGACUCCACUAAAUUAGCCCGACAAGAAUGUAUGCGUUUCCUCACUGAGAAGCUGUCGGGCAUUGUCCAUCUUGCUGAAGAAGUGCUGUCUGAAUUGAAAAUGUAUGACCAGACCAAGGAGAGAGACAUAUCCUGGCUGGACAAUUUUUUUGGGAUCCAUCCGUUUUAUGUAACAAGAGGUCCUAUUUUUGAAGAUAAUGAUAUGGCUGACUAUGCACUCGGUGCAGAAACUACUUCCAUGAACGCACAGAGAUUGCUGCGAGCCUUGCAACUCAACAAACCCAUUCUGUUGGAAGGCUCACCAGGUGUUGGCAAAACUAGUCUUGUCACUGCAUUGGCCAAAGCAUCUGGGAACAGUCUUGUUCGCAUUAAUCUUUCUGAGCAAACGGAUGUGACAGAUUUAUUUGGCACAGAUUUGCCGGUUGAAGGAGGAAAGGGAGGUGAAUUUGCAUGGCGUGAUGGACCUCUUCUUUCUGCUUUGAAAGCUGGUCAUUGGAUAGUACUUGAUGAACUGAAUCUUGCAUCCCAGUCUGUGUUAGAGGGGCUAAAUGCCUGCUUUGACCAUCGUGCAGAAGUGUACGUUCCAGAGCUUGGGAUGAGCUUCCAGGUGAAUCAUGAGCAGACAAAGAUCUUUGCAUGUCAAAACCCCUUCCGCCAAGGAGGUGGCAGAAAGGGGCUGCCUCGUUCCUUCUUAAACCGAUUCACACAGGUUUUUGUUGACCAGCUUUCCUCUUCUGAUAUGGAAUUCAUAGCGGAUACUUUGUUUCCAGCUAUAAGCAAGGCUACUAUUGCCAAAAUGGUUGCCUUCAACAACCAGAUUGACCAGGAAGUAAUGGUGAAACGGGAGUGGGGUCACAAAGGAGGACCGUGGGAGUUUAAUCUGCGUGAUCUUUUUCGAUGGUGUCAGCUGAUGCUGGAAGAUCAGUCACUUGACAAUUAUGAUCCUUCCCAGCACAUGUUUCUUGUCUAUGGAUGGCGAAUGAGAAGCAGAGAAGACAGAGAAAAGAUUGUUUCUGUAUUCAGGGAAGUGUUUGGUCAGGAAUGCAACCCUUACACGGGUACACGCCAGUUACACAUCACACCCCAUAAUGUACAGGUUGGCUAUUCCAUGCUUGCACGAAACACAGACUUUGAUUCAAACCCAGCCAGGCAUUUGUCUCUGCUUCAUUGUUCAUUGCAGUCACUGGAACCAGUAAUGAAAUGUGUCCAGAUGGGCUGGAUGGUUAUUCUUGUAGGUCCUGCAGCUGCUGGAAAGACCAGCCUUAUCCAACUCCUAGCUCUUUUGACAGGACACAAGCUUAAAGUCAUGGCUAUGAACAGUGCCAUGGACACCACAGAGCUCUUGGGUGGUUUUGAACAGGCUGACAUCAACAGGCCGUGGCAACAGCUUCUGGGGCAUAUUGGAGAUGUAGUGACUAAGGUUGUGAGAGGGAGCCUCUUGUCUUCAGAUGCAUCUCCAGAUGAAACAGAGACCCUUUUACGUUCGUGGAGUUUACUGAAUCUUAAUCACAAGCCCAAAUUUGUCGGAGAAGGAGGCCGGGGCAUAACUACAGAUCUGCUGAACAAAUUAGAAGCAGUUCUCUUGUUAAUCCAGAGACAAAAUGCAAAGCUAAAUAUCUUUUCUAAAUCAGAAUUUGCAGGUAUUGUGGAGAGUUUCCAUAGCUUCAAAGAGCAGCUGUUGCAUUCUGUGGAAGGUCACAGCAGUGGAACGUUUGAAUGGGUAGAUGGCAUGUUGGUAAAGGCCCUGGAGUCAGGAGACUGGUUGCUGAUGGACAAUGUCAACUUUUGUAGUCCAUCUGUGCUGGAUCGUUUGAAUGCUUUGCUGGAACCUGGAGGUGUUCUAACUAUGAGUGAACGAGGAGUCAUUGAUGGAUCAACCCCAACUAUAAAACCUCAUCCAAAUUUCAGGCUUUUUCUUUCAAUGGAUCCAUCACAUGGGGAGAUAUCCAGAGCUAUGAGAAAUCGUGGCAUCGAGCUGUACAUCUCUGAAGAAAGUGACGGGGUUAUGAUGGACUCUUUUGAUGUGAAGAAGCUACUGCAUGGUCUUGGCCUAGUUAGUGAUAAAAUGUGUGAUGCAUUGAUAGCAGUACACUCUGAGAUCAAAGAAACGGUGAUCGGUUCCCCGUGCGGCUCCCAGUCUUAUCUUCUACAUGCUGCCGCACUGAUAUCCCAGCAACUUCAGCGAGGUAUUGGUCUUCAGAAGGCCUUUCACAGAGUCUGCACUGAGGUUUUCAUGAAUGCUCAGCACACCCCGGCCACUCAAAAGCAAAUCCAAGAGAUUGUCCAAAACAAGAUUUCUGCUUUGGCAAAUCAGCAUGGGGAAACCUUAUUAUCUUUGGGGCUUUGGCCGAACUCCGUGCCUUCUGUGCUCGUUUCUGCGGAGGACUCCCUAAUGGCUACUGUUCUCAGAGAUGGUCAAAUCCUUCUUUAUGUUCUCAACAGAAAUAGUCUUCGAAACAGCAGACUUCAACCCCUUACUCUAAAAGAUCUCCAACAGACUAGCCAAAGCUCUUCAUCAGACAAUCUACAGUUCAGCUCUGUUGAGUUGGAUUCAGAUUGGAUGGAUGACCUAGCGGUGAUUUCAUAUUCUGUCCAACUGGUCGUUGAAAAGGCAACAUCCUCCGAUUGGAUGCUCAGAAUGAGGUGGCUUUCUCACCUGGCAAAGAAAGUGUCCCCAGCACUAGAUAAGUUGCGUAUGGAAAUAGAUGCAGGUGCUCAUGCUUUGGGUUGGCUGUACUCUGGAUCCGUUCCUGGUGAAAUCAGCAGUCUGGUCAAACUACUGCACGCUACCUUUCCAUAUGAUUAUUGUGUUCCACUAGACCCACGCUGGAAUAUGCAGUAUUUGGACAUGCUUAAGCAUUCUCUAAACUUUGACAAAGGUGUGGACUAUGAGCAGCUGCUACUCCUAUUGGACAGUGUUGCCAACAGGGCUAUCCUACUAAUGAAUAGGAAAAGAAGUUCUUACUUAGAAACAAACGAAGCACAAAAGUUAAAACAGACGAGUGCCUUGAAAAUUGCUGUUGACUUUCACAAAGAUCCAGGUGUCCAUCAUGAUCUUCCUCACCCUGUGGUGGCACACCUUGCUGCUUUCUUUGACCUGUGUGAUUUGAUGGUGUAUGAGUGUCUUGAAACCAGUCAUUCAACCAUGACCAAUGAGACAGCAGAUAAGAUUCUGUCUUGUCUUCAGUGGCGUGAUCGCUUUAGGGCCGUGUCGGAAAAUGUGACCUUGGACUCUACCGGUCUGGCCCUUUUAUCUCUUCAUUGGCAUUGGCUAGUGAAGCACAUGGUGAACCACAUAACACGGUUCUGUGAAGGGCAGGCCCCUCAGAGGCUGUCACAGGAGGUCCAUUCUGUCUCCAUGCAUAUACAAGAUUGUCUGUUGCCCUCUUCGGGAACACCAGCCAGUAUCAAGUUGCUGCAGAAAGUAUUGGGAAGACCCUUGCCUUUCAAGAACAACUUGGUCGUGCGUUGCUUGGAGAAACUGAAAGCACUCUGUGUGUCGCUGGACAUUCUAGAUUUAAGACCCAUUAAAGAGGAGAACAAGUGGCAACAGGAUAUCUGUAGAUUGAAGGCUGCUUGCUUGGGUUGGGAUGUGAAAGCUAACAUUCUGGAAGGGUUGGGAACUAUUCUACAAGCCAAUCAACAGGAAGAUUUCAGUACCGAUGAACUCAGCCUGUGUGUGGAAUCUCAAACUGCCAGUCUGGAGAAAUUCGGAGUUAUACUCUGUUCCCAAAAUGAGAGAAAAAUUGAAGAAUCUUGUGGAGCACAAGUGGAGCCUGAAGAAUUAAAACAGCUUUCUAGCAAAAUGCAGAUGUGGCCUGGCAUGGAGUAUCUGAUGCUGCUUUGUCAGUAUAAAGUGGUUACAGACCUUCUUUCCCACUCAUACUACAUUAGCAAGAACAUAAAGUCUGAUCUGGCUCAGCUUUUAACAUUUUCUUUGAAACAAACUCCAACUUCACCACAAAAACUUCGACCCUUUUGGUACCUUAAACAGCAGCCUGAGGUGACUUCUGGAGAUGUUACAUUGUUGUGGUCUGAGCUUCUGUGCAGUACUUUUUCAUCGUUCUGGAGUAGUACUGUAACCACUGAUCCAGAUUAUUGGUCAUCCUGGAAACCUGGCUCAGAAGAAGUUCAGCUUCCCCAGACGCUCAUGGAUCCUUCUGUGAAGGGUCCUGGUAUUUUAAGCACAGCUGUGUUCUCAAAAUGCUUCUGUGAAGUUCUGACGAGCAGCAGCAAAGCAAUCCCAUGGAACGUGAAUGGCCUUCCAGUCCUCUUAUCUUCUCAUGUGUCUCUGGGCGAGUGGGAUGAAAGAAUGCAUCAGUUGCAAGACAUCAGCGCAGUACUUUGGUGCAACAUGACAGUGUCAUCGAUGGCUAACUUUGGGACCACAGAUUCACGACUGCAAGGCCUUAUUUUAUACCAUCAUUUUGUUGCACUGAAAGACAUAGUACCCCAAAACAUCCAGGAGGAGUUCUUGCAAUACUGUGAUCAUCUUCCUACCAAAGACCUGUCUGCCUAUCACUACAUUCAGGACAUUCUUGGAGACUGGAGCAAUCAGGGAAAACUGCCUGAAAAUGUUCUGAAGCUCUGGUCGACCUGCCUGCAGCAGUUUUACGCUGAGACGGAAGGCACAGCGCUAGCCUCAGAAGCUGCCCAAAGAGGAUCUCUGUGGGUUAACUUGGGCUUACUACAGAUCCACCUUUGGCUGCCUCAGACUCUUUUUGAUCCUGCCGCAAAGAGAGAAUACAAACUGAAGUAUGCGGAAGAAGAGUUACAUCAGCUUGAGAGUGAGUGGAAGGUGCGUAAUCAGCUGUGUAGUCUGCUUACUGGAAAGGAGCUUGAUGAUCAGUCUCUGAAACAGCAUGUCCACCCACGGAUCAGGACUUUACUGCAAAAAAUACAAGAAAUGAAAAAACAGAUUCUUGAUUUAUCCAAAAAGCAGGCCUACCGCCCCAAGAGUCCUACAUAUGACCUCUUAUAUCAGGAUGUACAUCACUACCUCACAACCAUUGCUAAGACCUCUUCUGUCCAGGACUUUGCUACCCGACUUCUAAAGGCCAUAAGCGGGAAGGGUACCAAAUCACGACCAAGUCUCCAGAAUCUAUUGUCUGAGGAGGUGUCGUGGCAGCAAUCCCAUCACCAGUUCAGGAAACGACUUUCAGAAGAAUACUUGCUGUAUCCUGAUGUGGUUACUCCUCUGCAUGCAGCAAUUUUGCAAAUGCAACAUGGCAUGAGGCUGAUCGCCUCUGAACUAUACACCACCAUGAAUAGUGCUCUCCUCUCCCCAACGAAAAUCACUGGCCUAGUCACGGCCCUUGUAGCCUUUCCAUCUACCUCAGAGUCUUUCCCGACAUACUUCUCGUAUGCGGACACUUUAUGCUCCGUGGGCUCUCUGGACAUACUGAAAGGUCUUAAGAAGCUGUCACAAAAAUACUCCAAGGACAAAAAUUUAGGGAGGGAUUUAAGCACGUGCCUCACCAAAGAGCAGUUGUUGGUAAAUAGCUUGCUUUACCUCCAUUCCCAUGUCCUUUCCAAAGGAGAAAUGGAUUCAGAGUCUUUAAAUCUUUUCAGGCACGUAUGCCAGGCCAUAGUCAAUGAAUGGGAUGAACAGGAACGAUAUUCACAUGAACGGGAGCAGCAGGAGAGCAGCUUGUAUAAAUACAGGAGUAAGUCCCAUGGUACAGGUUUCACAGAAGAGGAAGAGGAGGAAAACGAAUUCAGACAGAGGUUUCCUCUCUAUGAACAGGACUUUGCAGAUAUUACAGCUCAGCCAAGUCUGGAAGGGAAAAUGGAAACUGAAGACCAUGAAGAGCAGGAGGCAGCACAUACAACUCUGGUGUCACAGAGUUCAAUGCAAACAGUAAUGUUUAUACACCAGCAGCUUUGCCUAAGCACUGCCAGAUCUCGCUGGUAUCAUCAGCACACGCCACCACACCAAGCCAAACAUUACCUCAGUGCUUUUCUGUCCUGCUACCAGACCAGCUCGGUCCUGAUAGAGCACCUUUAUCCUAUAAUGGGAGCUGAGCUGAAUGACCAUCUUCUCGGCGGGCAGCUGCUUGCCAGCACAAUACUGCAAAAUACUGUCUCAGGGAAAAUGUCUUCAAAUCUUAUCCUGCGGCAUGAAAAUCCUUAUGAUUUUUACCAACACCCCAAUAUCCCACAAGUUCAACAGUGUCAAGGCAUACUGCAGAGUUUUGUCAAACAAGUCAACAGGUUGUUAGAAGAGUGGCCAGAGCACCCUGGUUUGGUGCAGAUUGUUGUUGUUAUAGACCGAAUCUUAAAGUUCCCAUUGUCCAGUCCUUUGGCCAAAUUUCUAAAUGGAUUAGAGAUUCUGCUGGCAAAGUCGCAGGACUGGGAAGAGAACACCAGCCGCUCAAUGUCUUUGCGGAAACACCUUGAUGAAGUCACCCAGCUGAUCAUCCAGUGGCGUAAGCUUGAACUAAAUUGUUGGUCUUUGAGCCUUGACAAUGCCAUGUGCAGACAUGCGCAGAGAUCCACAAAGCAUUGGUUCUCGGUUUACCAGCUGGUUGAAAAAUACUUGCAAGAAGAAGAGGAAGAGAAUAAUGAAGCAUUACAGUCACUAACGAAGACCCUGCAAGAAUUUGUAGAGGGAUCCACUUUGGGGGAAUUCAGCAUACGACUCCAAGUGCUACUAGUUUUCCACUGCCACGUUCUGCUGGCGCCACAAGCAGCAGGGAAAGACUCCCUAUGCAGCGUGCUUUGGAAUCUGUAUAAUUAUUACAAGCAGUUUUUAGCAUCCGUCCAAACAAAAAUCACAGAAUUACGCAACCCCUUGGAAAAAGAACUCAAGGACUUUGUGAAAAUAUCCCGGUGGAAUGAUGCCAGUUUUUGGUCUGUGAAGCAAUCUGUGGAAAAGACUCACAGAACCCUGUUUAAGUACAUGAAAAAGUUUGAAGGCGCCUUGAAUGAACCCUGCUGUACUGCCCUCGUGGAAAGUGUUCAGGAAGAACGAUUAGAUUUUGUUGACAGUCUGAGAGAGACUGAAGUCAAGAGAGACCCCAUACAGCAGCUGAAAAGGGUUCUGAUGUCAACACUGACUGGAGCAGAAAACAUACCGCUGACUUCUGGACAAGAAAUAUAUUCAGCAGAGUCUCUUCAGUGUCGACUUCCAAAGUUAACCAAACGAAUGAAGAAACUGUGUGCUACGUUCAUAAAGAAAAGUACAAUGCCCAAUUCAUUUGAAAAUCUCAAUAAAUUUACAGAUGGCAUCAUAGAUUCUGUGCAGGAGCUGCAGAAGCUGACUGUAGACUUGUCAGCUGAAAAGGAGAAGCAGAAAUCAGAGGCCAAACAUAUUCUUAUGCAGAAACAGAGGGCUUUGGCAGAGCUUUUCAAAAUGCUUACAAAAUCAGGGUUGUCCUAUCGGAAGGGACUGGCAUGGAUACGUACUAAACAUCUGCAGGACAUGCUUUGCCUCCAUCCCCUUGACCUGCACAGUGCUCUGGCUAUCUCAAACAGCAUCUCUGAGACUAAUUCUGUGUUAUUGUCUGAGAUCUCUGUGACUUGGGAAGGGUGUCAGAAAUAUUUCUACAGGUGUCUAGCUCGCAACUCAAAGCUGGAGAUGACCUUUGCUACUCCUGCUAAGGAACUUGGGCUGGGAACCAUUGAAAGAUGUAAAGGAUUCACGGGGCACCUUCUGAAAGUCCUAAUGAAGCAGAGGAGUUCCCUCACUAAUGUUACUGAACAGUGGAUCAUUAUAAGGAACCUGUUGAGCUGCAUGCAAGAAAUCGGCUCUCGUCUAAAUGUGAACAACGACUACAAGAUUGUAUUUCCACCACAAGAUGCUACCCAGCAGUGGGUUGACAGGCUUCAGCAUCUUUCCAUGCAAUGCGCUGUAGUGCUUGAGCAGUUUUCUUGGUUUCUGGAAUGUUGUCCCUUAAGAGGGACCUCAGCGUUAAAUAUGCAGCAACAUGCUGGAGUGGAAGCAGAAAGUCCAAAAUGGGCAGCUGAGCUGAAUUUCCCAUCUCCUGUAGCUGCAGAAUGGCUGCCGCCAGCAUGCACCAUGCAUCGAUCAGAUAAGAACUGGGAGCAGCUGAACACCUCGAUCACCAAGAUGUUAACAGAGAUAAAAGCCACAAAAGCUACUGUUGACAACAUCCGCCAGAAGUCUCGUGAAACAUUGUACUAUUCAUGGAAAGACUUUGAAACAUGUUCCUCUGCACUGGACACAAUGCAGCACAUUGCCAUGGACUUGCGGGAAGUGGAGUCUCUGUUUGUUCUUCUGAACACAGAUGUGAAAGAGGCAGCACAACACAUGACAUUCCUGAAGAGUAUCCAUUACAUCCGAGAAGAAGUCCGAACUGCCAUAAGAGAAUUCACCUUAUGGAGAUCUCGUCUGCAGGCCAUUGGCAGGGCAAAAAGAAAACAAGAGUCGGACGAAGACUAUGUGAAAGAUUUUUCAGAGCAGGUGGAAUCAACCAUCAAGACCGUUCUGUGUGCCAUUCAGAACCUAGCAGAGAAGAAGAGUGUAGGGGAGACAAAGACAGGGGAUAGCGGGGAGGAAUGUGAAGAAGAAAUUCUCCAUCCAGGCCUCAUUACCAAAUUGCUGACUGAAGAUGUUUGCAGUGAUCUGAAGUGUCUGAAUGUAACAAAUAUAAUAUCUACUGUCUCUGAGCUCUUGGGGAGGCUGAAAACAUAUGGAGAAGACUGCAUAAAAGACAAGCACACGAAUUUCAACCAGUGCUGUGGCUUACUCGCCCGCCUUUGGCCAAUGCUCUCCAUCUAUUCAGAUCUCAUCUUGUUUUAUCUCACCGUAUCCCUGGCAGCGCAUAGGAGUACAGGGAAACUGCUCUCUGUCUUGACUCGUCUAUUUACUGAGCUAGCUCAGAAGGGAUUCUGUGUGCCCAAGGAACUGAUUGAAGAACAAGCAGCUGAGGGAGCAACAGAGUUUCAUGAUUAUGAGGGAGGAGGCAUAGGUGAAGGAGAAGGGAAUAAGGAUGUCAGCGAUAAAAUUGAGAAUGAAGACCAGGUGGAGGACACAUUGAAGAAAGGUGAGGACAAAGAUAAAGAGGAUCCAGACUCCAAGCCAGAUGUGAAAGAGGAAGAUAACGCCAUUGAAAUGUCAGAUGAUUUUGAUGGGAAGUUACAUGAUGGAGAGCUGGAGAAGAAAGAGGAGGACGAUGAGAAAUCUAACAGUGAUGAGGAAGAUCUGGAUAAACAGAUGGGGGAUCUUGGAGAUGCAGAAGCUGAUAAACUAGAUGAACGAUUGUGGGGAGAUGAUGAUGAUGACGACGAUGAUGAUAACGAAGAGGAUGGAAGUGAUAAGGCUGAAGAAACUGGACCAGGAAUGGAUACCGGUGAUUCUGAGCUUGUUGCUAAAGAUGACAAUCUAGACACAGGGAACAAAAACAAAGAAGAUAAAAAAGAUCAAUUUAAAGAUGAAAAAGAUGGCGAGCAGCCUGAUGAUGGCAACAGCAAGGAGAAAAUCCAUGAGCAGCUGGAUGAACGUGAAUAUGAUGAGAAUGAGGUUGAUCCUUAUCAUGGGAAACAGGAAGCACAGCAAGAGCCAGAAGCUCUGGAUCUUCCUGAUGACCUCAAUCUGGAAAACGAUGAGGAUAAAAACAGUGGAGACGAGAAAGAAGGAGAGGAAAGUGAAGAAAAAAAUCCUUUUGACAUUGAUGAAAAGCCAAUGGAUAUGGGUGAUGGGGAGGACACACAAGCCAAGGAGCAGGAAGAUACUGAGGGCAAACCUGAGGACGAAAAGGAAUCUGAUGAACCUGAAAAAGAUGCUAGUGAGGACAAGGUUGUAGGGGAAGAGGAAAGUGGGCAAGAAGGAGAGAACCAGGAGGAACCUGCAAUGGAUGAGGAAGGACAAAACACGGAGGAGGCAACAAAGGAUGAGGAAAAACAGUCCAUAGAAGAAAAUGAAGAAAAGCAUCUCCCUUUAGACCGGGGCGUCAUUCCUCAGGAAGAAGAGGAUGUCGAGCCACAUAAAGAUGAGGAAGUACCGGACUCUGAUCAGAGGAUGGAACAUGAGGCAUGUGGACAGACUGCGGAAGAUAACUUACAGAGCGAGACUGCUGCUGAGCUUGCAGGAGCUGCUUCAGAAAAGGAUCAGGCCAAAGAGGAUCAUGGCACAGGAACUGCAGAUGCCAGCCAGUCUGAAGGACAUGAAUCCAAACUAAUGGCACGCCUGGCAUCACAGAAGCAAAGUGUCCGUAACACACAGAGUUUCAAGCGUAAGCCGGGUCAGGCAGAUGAUGAGCGUUCCAUGGGAGACUACAGUGACCAGGUCCAGAAGCGGCUACGGACAAUGGAAUCCAGCAGCGACAUGACAGACAGUUCUAGACAGCCAGAGCAUGUGGAAAAGGAUGCAGAUGCUUACGAGCACAUAAAGGAUGGGGCAGAGUCUUAUGACGCCCAGACUUACGAUAUGGCAAGUAAAGAUCAGGAGAAAACAGCACAGCCUUCCAAUGAGGAGGUAGUUGAGAACUCUCCAUCCAGGGGUGAAGACAUGGACAUAGAGCCACAGGAAGAAGAUGAUCUUAAGACAAUCAAUGUAGAUAAGUUAAAGCCCGAGGAAAUCACAGUCGGUGCCUCCAAAAACCAAGGUCCCAAGAAUACUGACCUGGAAAACCAAGGUGUGACAACUGAAGAAGCAAGAGAUAGCACGGAGGAGAGCACUCUGCAUCCUGAAAAGGACAAGGCAGAAAGAAACAAAGACUCUACUAUACAUACUGCUCUAGAGUUUCUAAAGGAGACAGUCAUACAGGUUCCAGAGAACCCAGAGGAGCUUAGACAAGAGCUAGAGAAACAGCUGGAGGCCUGGACCAUGCAACCUGUUGGAAAUGCAGAGGAGGAGAAGGCCGCAGCUGAGAUGUGGCAGCGAUAUGUCCUCCUAACAGGUCCUCUUUCUCAACAAUUGUGUGAACAGUUGAGACUUAUACUUGAACCUACACAAGCAGCCAAGCUUAAGGGUGAUUUCAGGUCAGGAAAGCGUCUUAAUAUGCGCAAGGUUAUUCCAUAUAUAGCGAGCCAAUUUAGAAAAGAUAAGAUUUGGCUGAGGAGGACGAAACCCAGUAAACGCCAGUACCAGAUCUGUUUAGCUAUAGAUGAUUCCUCAAGUAUGGUUGAUAACCACUCCAAACAGCUUGCUUACGAGUCUUUGGCUGUGAUUGGCAAUGCAUUAACACUCUUGGAAGUUGGGCAGAUUGCUGUAUACAGUUUUGGUGAGAAUGUCAAACUGUUACACCCUUUCCAUGAGCAGUUCAGUGACCAGUCUGGAUCCAGGAUUCUAAGCCUGUGCAAGUUUCAGCAGAAGAAAACAUUACUUGCUCAGUUUUUGGAGUCCUCUGUUCAUAUGUUCACUGCAGCGCAACAGAUGUCCCAGAACAGUGGCCCUGAAAUCGCCCAGUUGCUUAUAAUUGUGUCUGAUGGAAGAGGACUGUUUGUGGAGGGGAAAGACCGCGUUACAAGUGCUGUGCAGUCUGUCCGCAAUGCCAGAAUCUUUACCAUUUUUAUCAUUCUGGAUAACCCUACUUCCAAGGACUCAAUCUUGGAUAUCAAGGUGCCAAUUUUUACUGAGCCUAAAGGAAUGCCAAAAAUGAUAUCUUACAUGGAACAGUUUCCUUUCCCAUUUUACAUUAUCCUCAGAGAUGUGAAUGCCCUUCCUGAAACCCUUAGUGAUGCCCUCAGACAGUGGUUUGAACUGGUGACUGCCUCAGAUCAUGUCUGAACCACAUGCUGAUAAAGGAAUGGAAAGCUUCUGCAGUUUCACAUCGCUCAAAAGAACAAGCAUAUGUGGAAAUCCUUGAAGAACUAGGACAUCAUUCGGCAAAAAUACGAUUAAUGUCCGGUGGCUCAGGUUGAUCUAAGUUUCAUUGAGGCACUGAUGCAGAAUGCUAUGCAAAAGAUUACCUCUCUAUUUAAAAUGUCCUACCGACUGCUCUUAAAGAAGAACGUCCAGUGUUUUUCAAUGAACAUCUGAAUAGAACCGUUUGUCACGAAGCUGGUGAUUUUAUGGAGAUUAUAUUCUGGCUGUAUGGUUUAGAAUGACUGUAAUGUUAUAUAAUCUCUAGACAAGUCGCUAACAUUGGUAUUGAUUUAGUUUAGUUUUGUUUUGUUUUCCAGGCUAACGGAUUUUUCAAUUGUCCUUUUUAUUCAGCAAAGAUUAAAAAAAAACCUGUAUUUCAUGACUUGAAAAAUAUUUUAUUAACAUGCCUGGAAUUGUUUCUAGACUUGUGGUCAGUUGUUUUAUUUAAGCAUAUUUCUGUGAUAUGCUUUUUUGUAAAUCACUAUUACAUACUGUGAAGUCUGCACAUUUUAUAUCCUGGUAAUAGAUUAAUGUGACAGACAAAUGUCUACAUAAACAUUGUUUCUAUACUUGCUAUGCAGUCUAAAGAAGACCCUUAAUAAAAUAUUUACUUGCCUUUAAA